AUGAGCUUCCGCCCCGAAUACAAGGAAUACUUUAAACAGGGAGCAACAGCAAGAAUAUACAAUGGUGCAUUUGAGGAUGCAGGAUUCUACGAUGAGGUGGACAUAAAGGAGUUCGAGUACAGCAGAGAGGAAAAGACAUUCUACUAUCCAUGUCCUUGUGGCGAUAGAUUUGAGAUAUCCUUGGAAGAUCUAAGGAAUGGAGAGGUUGUUGCAAGGUGUCCUUCGUGCUCUCUGAUUGUCUGCACGGUUUACGAGGCAGAAGACCUCGAGAAGUAUCUCUGA